AUGAGGUUACUCUACUCUGACAAUCGGACAUCUGUCACGGAAUUCAUACUCCUUGGUUUUGUAAAUAUAAAACAAGGAAAGAUCUUCCUCUUCAUUCUCUUUUUCACCGUGUAUACCAUCUGCAUUUUUGGGAACUCACUUAUAAUCACUGUGGCUUUAUUAAGUCAAUCUCUCCAUACACCCAUGUAUUUCUUUCUUGGCAAUCUCUCUUUCCUAGAUAUCUGUUAUUUGUCUGUGACUGUACCCAAAAUGCUAACAGAUCUUGGGGCUCAGUCUCCAAGCAUUUCCUUUAUGGCAUGUGCAACACAGUUGUAUUUUCUUGUUGCCUUGGUGGGCACUGAGGGAUUCCUCCUGGCCUCUAUGGCUCUGGACCGCUACUUUGCUAUAUGCCACCCAUUAGUCUAUGCUAGACUCAUGAAUAAACGGACUUGUCCCCAGCUGGCGGCCAUAUCAUGGACUUGCGGAUUCCUCAAUGCUACUCUCCAUGCAACUCUCACAUUCCGACUCUCUUUCUGCAGAUCCAAUGAGAUUAGUCAUUUUUUCUGUGACAUCCCUCCACUACUGAGUAUUUCAUGCUCUGAUACAUCAGUCAAUGAAGCUGCUCUUUUUACAGUGGGUAUAUUUGUCGGGCUUAGCCCUUUUUUCUUCACCCUGUUCUCCUAUGCAUUCAUCCUUCAUGCUAUUUUGAGCAACCGUCAGAAAGGACAGCAUCGCAAAGCCAUUUCUACUUGUGCAUCUCACCUCACAGUUGUGAUUCUGUUCUAUGUGUCUGGCAUCUUCACAUAUUUCCGCCCCAUCACCAGCUACUCUUUGGAAAGGGACCAACUUGUGGGGGUUUUAUACAAUAUCUUAACACCAACACUCAACCCUCUCAUCUACAGUCUCCGAAACAAGGAAGUGAAAUUGGCGGUGGUCAGAUUAGUGGGUAGAAGAUAA